UACUAUAAACUUAUUUUGUUUCAUGAUAAAUUUUGUUCAUGUUCAAAUGAGCUUUGUGUAGAUAUUCUUCAUGCUUUCAUAAACCUACCAACAAAUCUCAACUUUGUUCAUUAUACUAACAAGACACUAAGGAACGAGCAAAGAAACAUGAAUCAAAUAGUGGUAGACCCAAGUUUACAUUAUGAUAAGAGUAGUCCACUUUACUUUGUUGUUGAGGCCAGAGAUACUCCUCAUGCUUUUCAGAUAUUUCGAGGUUCACCUUGGAUGAUUCUUACAAGAUCUUUCAUGGAGUAUUGUAUCUAUGAAUGGGACAAUUUACCAAGAAAGUUACUAAUGUUUUUCAGCAACGUGGCUUAUACUAUGGAAUCAUAUUUCCACACAGUUCUAUGUAACUCUCAAGAGUUCAAAAACACUAUCGUCGACAAUAAUCUAGUUUACAGUCUUUUUGACGAUGAUCCAUCGGAAUCUCAAUUACUUGACAUGUCACAUUAUGAUACAGUGAUGGAAAUUGGCGUGGCAUUUGCACGUUCAUUCGGUGAAGAUGAACUUGUUCUAAAAAAAAUUGAUGACUUGGUUCUUAAUAGAAGUUUUAAUGGAUUAGUUCAAGGAGAAUGGUGUUCAAGUUCAAGUUUGGAGAUAAACAAAACUACAAAGGUUUCUGAAAUUGAUGUUGUAAAAGCAGGAUUGUUUGGAAUCAAACUUAGAACUCAUUUAGAUGAAAUUGUUAAUAGUGGGAGAUAUAAAACUAGUGAGUGUCAAUUUCAAUUGGUGUGACAAAAAAUGU